UUUUAUCUUUCUCUCUCUCUCUCGGUCGGCCAGUGUCACGAACUCGUCGCGGCGGAGGGGAGAGAGGGGGGCUGAGCUCGCCGUCGAUUCGAGGGGAGAGGAGGCGGGAAGAGAGGGGCGGCCACCCCGGGGGACCGAACCCUAUCGGCCGCGGCCCCCCCUCCAUCGACCGCCAGUCGCCGCCGGCCAUGGCAGGGGCGGCGCCGGAUCGGGCGGCGCUGACGGUCGGCCCGGGCAUGGACAUGCCGAUCAUGCACGACAGCGACCGCUACGAGCUGGUGCGGGACAUCGGCUCCGGCAACUUCGGCGUCGCCCGCCUCAUGCGCGACCGCCGCACCAUGGAGCUCGUCGCCGUCAAGUACAUCGAGCGCGGGGAGAAGAUAGACGAGAAUGUCCAGCGUGAGAUAAUUAACCAUAGAUCACUGAAACAUCCCAACAUCAUUAGGUUUAAGGAGGUUAUUUUAACACCGACCCAUCUUGCCAUUGUCAUGGAAUAUGCAUCUGGUGGUGAGCUUUUUGAGAGAAUAUGUAAAAAUAUACGAUUCAGUGAAGAUGAGGCUCGCUACUUCUUCCAGCAGCUUAUAUCUGGAGUCAGCUACUGCCAUUCGAUGCAAGUAUGUCACCGUGACUUGAAGCUGGAGAACACAUUGCUGGAUGGUAGUCCUGCUCCUCGCUUGAAGAUAUGUGAUUUCGGCUAUUCUAAGUCUUCAGUUCUCCAUUCACAACCAAAAUCAACUGUUGGAACACCUGCUUAUAUUGCACCUGAAGUUCUGUUGAAGAAAGAAUAUGAUGGCAAGAUUGCUGAUGUAUGGUCCUGUGGUGUGACUCUUUAUGUCAUGGUAGUCGGUGCAUAUCCUUUUGAGGAUCCAGAAGAGCCUAAGAACUUUCGGAAGACAAUUCAGCGUAUCUUGAGUGUUCAGUAUUCAAUUCCAGAUAACGUGGACAUAUCUCCAGAGUGCAGGCACCUAAUUUCGAGGAUUUUUGUUGGGGAUCCUGCAUUGAGGAUAACCAUCCCUGAAAUACGGAGCCAUAACUGGUUCUUAAAGAACCUCCCCGCUGAUCUGAUGGACGAUGAUAGUAUGAGCAGCCAAUACGAGGAGCCUGAGCAGCGAAUGCAGACGAUGGACGAGAUCAUGCAAAUUCUAACGGAGGCCACCAUACCACCUGCUUGUUCUCGUAUAAACCACAUCCUAACUGAUGGAUUCGACAUGGACGAUGACAUGGAUGACCUUGAGUCGGACUCGGAUCUUGAUAUCGACAGCAGUGGAGAGAUCGUGUAUGCGAUGUGAGCCAUCUCUGGCGGCUACCGUAUCGAAGCAACCGUAGAAAGCAGCUGAAGGGCACAUGGUGACCUGAUGCUGUACCCUGUCAAAAGAGCUAGCGGCACUUUGUGGGAAACAAUCGUUCUGUGUUUUGCAAGCGAAAGUCCCCGUCCUGUUCUGGUUGUAAUAUAAUGGGGGUUAGUCCCUGGAGAAGCAUCCUUUCUGUUCCCUGCUGUGCUACAUAUGUGCAAAUAGUUCGUACUCCUGUUGUUAAUGUGUGAACCUGUGACUCAACUUGGUUUUAUUUUAUGUUUAUUACUGUAUAUCUA